UAUUGCCUAAUAUUCAUUAAACUAAAGAACGCGUUGUUUUUUACUUGAGGAUAAUAAAAAAGCUAUAUCAAAGUCAGUAAACAUUUUACUAAUACCGUUUUAAUUAUUUCAGUCAUUUAUUUUGUUUACAAAAUGACAUGUGUACAUUUUUAUACGUAAGCAAUCACGAACGAUUUGAAAGCUUAAUACACAACAUUUAUAACUUGGAAACACACACACUGGAAUAAAUACGAAGGGGUGUUUUCAGUUUCGUAGGAGCUUCGUUAGUAACAGACUUGAAAUUGGACUGAAAAGUUGUAUACCUAUAAAGUAUGAGUGUUAUUCUAGUACAGCCAUAAAACAUGAUUCAGGACACCCUUCAAGCCCCUCAGCAGGCAGACGACUUUAGUCAUGCGAUGUUCAUAUUUGAGCUUUUUCAGAAAGGCAUGAUCUUCACUGCCAUCGUGGCUGGCAUCAUCUGUUGCGGUCACCUAGUUUUUGUCCGCAGGAAGUACUGCCGAAAUACUACGACGCUGAUGGCUGUGGUGCUCUCGGGUUUUUUGCAUCUGAUCGCGUGCGUGUGCAUGCUGACAAUUGCUGAGAAGAACACGGAAAUACUCGUAAAACAGAGGCCUCCGAGCGUCGGCUCGUGCUUGGAUAACUGGAUGACGGCGCGUUAUGCAAACACAAUGGUGCUCGUGGUUAUCAUUCAUAAUGUUUUUGUUCAGAACUUUAAAUGGUCGUUGUCUUCUUGUCUACCAUACGCAGGAAUACUUGGCUGCAUCAUCACAGGAAGUGUUUUCGUCAUCAAGAGAGUGCCGCAAAACAGUUCACUUCCAGUUGCACAACAUUCUCUAGUGACACUUGGGACUUCCGGGAGUCAGCACGUGAAUGUAUUUCUGUCCGUGUGCCAAAAAAACGUUUACGAGGAAAGAUGGGCUAUUCUGGCCGAAUAUUUUCUCAUUUACGUCCCCGUCAUCGUCACAAUUUUUGCUGCUCUCUGCAUGAACAGGACAAAACAGUCGGAUGUCACCAUCACAGAGUUAAAGAUUAUAUCAAACAGAGAGUGCAAUGUUUUAAGGGCUAACUGCAAUUGUGUUAAAUUGAACUCAGUCAUGAUUGCUCUUCUUUCAUAUUUCACUCUAGUAAUACUCUUUGUAAAUCCAGGAUACAUUCUGUUUGCGGCCGCAACUUCGGGUUUCUUCUGGGACAUUUGGCCAAGCUUUUUACAGAUAGUAUUUUAUACUUCGUUUUGCUCAGAUUAUAUUGGAAAGGUCAUUUUAUAAUCACACUAAUUGAGAAAUGAAAUUCAUUUUUAAUUUUCCUCAAAACUGAAAAAUAAUGCUGAAAUAUUUAUCAAAUUGAACAAUAUUCAAAUGUCGAUGUCUACAUGUAUCAGAAACAUAUACAUUAAGUAACAGUCUAAUCAAAAGAUUUGGCAAAUGUGUCUUAUAACGAAAGUCUCAGAUACGCUUUUGAUGAAAGCUCAUAUACCGCAGGGAAUCGAUAUCUUGAAUAUUUAUUCUGCCUUCAGAUAGUUCAAAAUACAAAUAAUGAUUUUGGCCACCUGACAUGGUUCUUAGGCGUUGGAAGACAGAAAGCCAAUCAAGAUUUGACCAUGGUGCAAAACUUAGAACAUACAGUCGGUUUAGGCAAAGCUCAUCAAAUUGUUCAGCUUCCCAGUCAGAAGGCAUGACUCGUUACAAUUGCAAUCAUGCCGAUAGGAACGAUGACAUUGGCGAGAAAGUAUACUCCGACGAUUGCUACAAUCGUUACGAUUGAUAAGAUGAUGUACAGUAAAGGGCUGAAUACGACAGAAGGUUGCAUUGUGGUGUUAAUGGCGAAUAAGAAGCGCUUGUAUCUUUCUACUGUGCACCGGCCAUGUUAAAUAUUGUUUAUUAAGUUGUUGUUGUUUUUAAAUACAUACUAAACUUCUAUACAGCGGUAUCUGUUAUAAUCAUAGACACCAGUUAGCGCUAUAUUGGUGCACCGCCGAUUCGUAUCGCACGAAAUUAUUCUCGUACAAACCAAGUCUUGGCGGGAAUUUAUCGUAUAUAAAGUCAUUCAUUUCUUAUACUGGGAUCUUCUUUCACAUUGGAUUUACAAUACUUAUGUGAAAAACUACAGAAACAAGCUCAGUAGCCAACAGUUUAAACAUAAACCCCGUUUAAUGACCCAGGGUAAACGUCAAAGACAUAGAACAAAACAAAAUCACAAACAAUAAACAUGGAACAACAGUACAAAACUCCGCAAACAGCACAGUGCAUACGUACUAUAUAAAAACGAGGUAUUUUCUACAAGGAUUGUUAGACACCGCCUUUGAACGGUGAGUUAAAUGUAAAUUGACUGGAGGUAUAAAACCUCACUUUUAUCCCAACAAUUUUGAAUAAAAAAGAACGUAAAAGGUAAAUUUUAUCAAAGUAUGAUGUUAAAAUCGGAUUGAAUUACAUUCAUAUAUUGUUAUUCUUAUAGACUUAUUUAGAAAUUGAGAAUAAAUAAAAAGGACACAUUUGAGUGUUGUAGGAAACGAAUAAACUACUAAAACAUA